UACACAGUUGGUGCAAACACAAACGCAAGUGGACCCACUUAAAUGUCAUGUCAAAAACUCCACCUCAUUAAGAGCAGUUGACUGGGCUGCAAUAGGCAUUUACAUCUUCUUCAUUGUAUUAAUUGCCCUGAGUACUGUAUAUGAUAUGGUUGCUAAAGCACAAGGUGCUAAGCAGAAGUUAUUCACAGCAUUUUCAGCAACUAAAAACUGGAAGCAAUUAAUGAGUGUGAAAUCACCAUAUGGCUCUUUAUCAGCCCUUAAUGGAAUGACAUUCAUAACUAUAGGAUGGGUGAUGGUCUCACACAGAUAUAUCAUUGGCUCAACCAUACCAAGUGACAAUGGUAACACUUUCAUGAAUAUGAUGUUUGGAGACUGGAAAUAUGUACACAUACUGAGUGGUUCUCUUGCAGGAGACACAUUUCUCAUGAUAAAUGGUUUACUUUUAGCCUACAUGUUCUUGCAAGAAAUUGAUAAAGUGCAAAAGUUUAACUUACCACUAUUUUAUAUCAGUCGUUAUUUGAGGAUGACUCCUGCUUAUGCCAUGGCAGUAUUAUUUAAUUCAUCUCUACUGAUUCAUAUGGCAUCUGGACCACUCUGGGAUGCACAUGUGAAACCAAUAAUGGAAACCUGUCAAUCUGAUUGGUGGGCCGAUAUCAUUUACAUAAAAAAUUAUUACAACCCUUUAUCAGAAUGUGUGAGUCAAAGCUGGUAUUUACAAGUGACAAUGCAGCUAUUCUGGUUAUCACCACUUCUACUGUACCCUCUCUGGAAAAUGCCAAAAAUAGGGAAAAUCCUCUUGGUUAUCUGUUUUAUCAUUGGACUGGCAAUAGAUUUUGGUGUUGCAUAUGGAUUUGAGAUUAGAGUUUCAGUGCCAGAACGCAGAGCUAACAUUGAAUGGGAUAAUGAUUACAAGACAAGAAUGUACUAUACUACACACACUCGGUACAAUUCUUGGCUUGUUGGAGUAAUCACUGGGUACAUGCUUCACAAUAUUAAAAAGCAAAAAGCUGAGUUUAAGAUGCCAAAAGUCACCACAAUUGUGACAGUGAUUACUUUAACAUUUCUCACAAUAGGCACAGUAUUUGCAUUGUACCCCUUCAAUCUUCCAAAUUAUGUGUAUAGCCCUGUCAAUGCAGCAUUUUUUCACACAUUUAUCAGAACAGGUUGGUCUACAGGAGUUGCACUAUUGGUGUUUUCAUGCUGUACUGGUUAUGGGGGUGCUAUUAAUGCAUUACUUUCAUGGAAAGUGUUUGCACCAUUAUCUCGUAUCACUUAUUCCAUGUUCCUCACUCAUGGAGCAAUACAAAUGAUGCUGAUGUACAGAACAACAGCAAUAAUUCAUCUGGAUGAUACAAAUGUGGUAACUGCAUUCAUCUCUGACAUGAUCCUCUGCAUGGCAGUGUCUAUACCAUGGUUUAUUGCCUUUGAAGCACCAUUUGGUGUAAUAGAGAAGACAUUAUCAGGUCAUGUGAGUCUUUCCAUCAGUGCAAUGUCAACAGAUGACAGUGAAAGGAAAGUGGAUGAGGAAUCUCUGAAAAAUGCAAGAACAUCGCAAGAACAAGCAGAUUUAAAAAUUCAUCCAAUGAUACUUUUGCAGCUGUCAUAUUAUGUGCAAGGCUUAUUAUGUAUAUUUGUGAACAAAGGUUUAAUACAUACCAUAUGCACAGUUUAA